AUGAAGCGGCCGAAGCUGAAGAAAGCCAGCAAGAGGCUGACCUGCCACAAGCGCUACAAGAUCCAGAAAAAGAUCAGAGAACACCACCGAAAAGUCAGGAAGGAAGCUAAAAAACGUGGACGCAAAAAGCCCAAAAAAGAUCCCGGUGUUCCCAGUGCUGCACCGUUUAAGGAAGAGCUUCUGCGAGAAGCAGAGCAAAGAAAGCAGAGGCUUGAAGAAUUGAAACAAAAGCAGAAGCUGAACAGACAGAAAGAACAUGAAAAGAGGAGGAAGCUUGAAGCUAAAAAGAAUGCAGCCAAAAUCAAGGAAAAUGAGGAGGGAAAGAAAUCUUCUGGUAAAUCUAAAACCAAGACUAACAAACUGCUGGAUAAAAAUUCAAAGACAUCAUUCUGCAGGGAGCUCAAGAAGGUGAUCGAGGCCUCAGAUGUGGUUCUAGAAGUUUUAGAUGCAAGAGAUCCAAUGGGCUGCCGCUGUCCUCAAGUGGAGAAAGCUGUAACUUGCUCUGGAGGAAACAAAAAGCUACUGUUGGUUCUGAACAAAAUUGAUUUAGUGCCAAAAGGGAACUUGGAGAAAUGGAUGAAUUAUUUGAAGAAGGAGUUUCCAACGGUUGCUUUUAAAUCAGCAACGCUGACAAAGGACAAGACUAUGCCAGAACAGGUCACAAAGAGACGUGGACGUGUUGAUUUUUCAAGAACCACUGAGUGUUUUGGAAGCAAGUGCCUUCUGAAACUUCUUCAAGAGUACGUCAGGACUCAAAACAGACCCAUUCAGGUUGGGGUAGUAGGCUUCCCUAACGUGGGAAAGAGCAGCAUAAUCAACAGUCUUAAAGGAGUUCGUGCUUGCAACGUUGGUGUAGCAAGAGGUGUGACCAAGUCCAUGCAAAUUGUACACGUUGAUAAGCAGACGAAGAUGUUGGACAGUCCAAGUAUAAUUGCAGAUCCUUCCAACAGUGCCGUGGCCCUUGCCUUAAGACGUAUCAUAGAUACUGAUGAACCAGGCUCAGCAGAUGUGCUUGAAGGAGUAGAUGCCAUUCUAAAUCACUGCAGUAAACAGCAGGUAAUGAUGUGCUAUACUAUCCCAGAUUUCAGGAACACAGAAGAGUUUUUAGCCUUACUUGCUCAGAAAAGGGGUAUGCUGAAAAAGGGAGGUGUUCCUGACAUAGAGAACAUGGCUAAAUUACUACUUUGUGACUGGACAGGAGCUAAAAUAAGCUACCACUCCCAGCCUCCAGAAUCUCAGAUGCUGCCACCAUAUCUUACAGAAGACAAAAUAGCUGAAAUGCAGGGGUGCUUUAAUUUAAAGAACCUAGAAGAAGGAAACAACACCACUGUUCAAGCUAUAAAAUUCCCAAGUCCAGCAAACAGCAUUAUGUUCCAGUCAGCUGGUAUGUCAAAUGGGUUAAUAGAGGAAACUGAAGUGAUAGAGGAAGCAUCAGAGUGGGAAAACAUGGAAACGAGCAAGGAGGAAGAAGAGGAGUUGUUCACAGAAAGUGAUGAUGAUCAAGACAAUGUGGAAGAGAAUGAUGUUAAAGAGGAAAGCAAGGUUCAAGUCACCAGGAAAGCAAAGUUUGGAAAACGACAAACCAGUUCUUCAAAUUCAGACAAGCAGAUAGCAGAGAGCCAACUUUCCAAUCCCCUGUCACUCAGCUUGGAUCAGACAGCAGCUGAAGAGGAUGCCUAUGAUUUUAAUACAGACUAUGUGUAAUGAACUGCAUGGAGACCCUGUUUGGAGACACUGCUUACUGGCUUUCAGAACAGUCACCAACACUUGUCUUGUGGCACAAGCUAGAGGACCGUACCAGAGCUGCGACAAAGAUUCCCAAUUGUUGCUAUGUCAAAUAACAUAUAUAAUGGUGUGUCUCUCUUGAUCCUUCCAGAUUUCAUACAAGUCUAGCAAACAGACUCUAUUCAGCUUUAAGUCCUAAACUUUAUUUCCUGUACUAAAGCUGAUUAGCUUAUCCUAAUAGACUGAGUUUGCUUUGCCUUAUAAAAAGAUGUUUCAAACUUUGGUGACUGAAGUUAUUUCAUUACUCCUAGUCACUUCAAGGACAAGAGUGGUUCUUGUUCACUAAA